AGCUCUCAGUACCGUCGACGUCCCUCUUACUCUUUUCUUCACAUGCUUGUGAUAGUUGCUCGAGUGGCUCUCUCUCUAGAAAGUGCCCAGAACUACUUGGUGAGUAUGAUUAUGAAAGGCCUUACACAGCGACGGCGUGAAAGUAGGAAGGCCUAGCGCCUACGCUCAGUGGCCGGCUCUCGGGUUUCUGCAAACAUCUGCGCGUGCUGCAGCUCUACGGCGAGCGCCACAAGCCAAAACUGCGUGUUGCGGUGGCAGCGGCGGAGAACAGGAACCCUUGUCGUGGUAGGAGAAAUUCUAAACGACCUAGAUCGCAGGUACUAGGUUGACGCUGUGACAGUUCUGCUUUGGAGUGAACGCCGAACUGUGGACUGAAGACAUUUUUUAGUAACGAACGUCAGUUAGCCGUGUGUCUGAAAGGGAGAAGAUUAAUUUUACUGCUGAGUAAGCUUGCUGUCGUCCUGAGUGGAUUGUUAGAGCGAUGGCGCAGCCACCGAGUGAUUACGUUCAGUUGAAAGAAGGUCCUGUGCCCACGGAAGCCGUGGACUACGUUGAGUACGUUCCUGUCGGAGAGGAUAGCCAUGGAUACACCGAAAUGAUUGGAAAGCAAAAGCAACAGCAGCUACAACAACAACAGCAGCAGCAGCAGCGCUACGUGAAACCCAGCAAGCCCGCCGAGAAUGUGUUUGUACCAGUUCACCAGCGCCAGGCUUCACACAGCAGCAAGCAUAGCUCUGAGAACGGUCGCUUUGACAUGCCGGAGUAUAUGAACGCUGCCAGUGAGGAGAAACUGCCGCUGUCGACCACCACUCCCGUCAGCGAUAUUCUUACCCGGAACGGAGUUGGAGGCACGACUUCUUUCAAUCCAACUUACGGGAACCUACCGACCGGCAAAACCGUGCAGGGUUCCCUUCAAGCUGACGAUCUACCUCCUCCACCACCACCGAAUGUUUCGGAAGACGCCGAGCUCCCCUUCUAUUCUGGCGUAUGCAAAGGACCAUCACCCCAACCCAGUCCAGACCUGCCCCCCGCAGUCGUCAACAAGAAGGAAAAGCGCUUGGCCGAUAGCGUGCUGUACACACAGCAGUCCGUUCCCAGUAAGGGCCACGGUAGCAGUUUAGUCAGCAGAGAAAGCACGACUACGACCGAUUCGUCGGACGAGUACCAUCAGCGCAAGCAGUUUGUCCGGACUUUGUUCUGCGCGCUGUUCGUGCUCUUUCUGAUGAGUGCGGCGGCGAUCGGUCUCUGCGUGUACCUGUUGCUUAGCUGGCCCAGUGAUGGGAAUAACAAUUGCUCGCCGUGCUCUACUGCCACCACUCCGCCUGCGCCACAAAUCAACAACCUGCCUUCGUCUGUACUUGAUCAAACCCCGGUAGUCGAUGGGAAAAACGACUCCUUGGCUGUUCUGGCCGUGGAAGGCAUGCGGUCGUUGGAGGAGAGGCUGGCACUUCUUGAACGGACGGUAAUCCCAUCCGAGGAUUACGCGCUUGACAAGGGGGUCUUUGACAAUAAGAUUCAAAACGCGGAGGCAGCGCUUGCAUCGCACCAGUCGUCCCUGAGAAACUUCAAACAGUAUCAAAACAGUACGGUACAAGUCCUGGAAGCUAUGUCUGCAGCUGUCAGUGAAGUGCAUCAGAAUUUCACAGAGGCGGUGGCGGGCUUCGACCAAACGCUGCGUGACAGCCGGGUUUUCAGGAACUGCAAAGCAAUGCAGAGUAGAUGUGUUGGUGAUGCGACACCGUCGACCCUUGCUGAGUACGACACGGUUAAAGGGUGCUUGAUGUACAAGGAAGAGGUGCCAGCGGGUCACGAGCUGAUUUCAGUGAAUUGUGAGGCGGAACAGUCUUACGUCGUUCCCAUGCUGAAGCGUGAGAGCGACCUGAAAAACGUGACCGCCCCACUGGCGUACUCGUGCCAUUGCUACAUCCCAAAGGACCUGUUCCAGCCACGCGUGAAUGUCGCGUGCUCGUUCCGUAUGUACACAUGCGAGCUGGCACAGUUGGUAACAUAGGUAUGAGCAGCUAACUGUUGGCGUCUUCAGAACUGCUGCUCGUGGCGAUGAUGGCCAUGAUCAGCAGCGGAAGCAAUGGUCUAGGGCCAACCAAGAUUGACCGGGUUGUUGACUUGUCUCGACCUUGGUUCGCUCGGCAGUUUGGACAUGAGGUCAAUGCUAUGCUGUCACCACCGACACCUGCUUUAGGUAAAUUCCUGGAUGCUGCCCAGGCUUGUGGAGUUGAGAUUGCUAACCGUGAACUUUUCGUUUUAGUGUAAUGCAUCUGGCGCAGCGGAAUAUGUGCACGAGGCAAUCAUAUGAGGCUGAUACUCGCAAGACUGAGUGCUAUAAUAACACCCAUUGUGUUCUGCAAAGACUUAGCUCAGUAGGUUCAACUUUCAAUCAUUUGCCGCCAGUAGAGAAAAGGGUCUAUAAUUUUCAUACUGUGUAAAUAAGCCUACGAUUCCUUUCAAAGCUUUUGUUUACUCUGCUGCUGUUGAAAUCGAACAUACAUGAUUAUACAGGUACCAACACUUGAGCGAUAGGUUUUUCAUGUUGCUUGUCCUUGUUUCAAACUAAAUUAUAGUUUUUUUUUCUCUGUACAAUGAAUAGUGUAGUAUAUUGUAUACCUCAGUUCUAGGCGUCUUACGGGCCAGGAAUGGAUGACUUAUGGUUAUGGUACUCCCAGCUUUCUGUUCUUUUGCAUGCGAAUCUGUUUGCAGAGCCGAAAAAAGACUUCACUGGCAUAUGUUGCCCAGCUUCAA